UGGUAAUCUAUCCCUUCCGUUUGGUGGCCAUCUAUCCCGAGUCCUAGGUAGAGAUGGCCAACGUCACAAUCAAAGUCCACUUUAUACUUUUAACUGCUUACAGAGGUUAGGUUUCCUUAAUAAACACUGUACUCACCUAAUGUGUAGAGCGCAACAGCCAAUUUCGACUUAUACGUUCACAAGUAUAUAUAUAUAUAUAUAUACAUAUUGAGAGUACCAAGUUACCUCCAAAAUAGAUACGUACCGUACGUUCUUCCCUCAUAUAUAACGUUGUUACCUCCGAUUUCGGAGGUAACAACGUUUCUCUAUGUUUUCAACAGAAACCACGAUAAGAAGACAGUACUAACUCAAAUACGAAAUUUAUGUUGGAGGUGAUAUCGAAGCCUAUAAGCAUGCAAUUUUUUGAAAUAGUUCACAUAUAUAACACCGGCGCUGGUGUAUCACUGCGUAUAUACGGAAACGAUGCACGAAGGGUGAGGUUACCUCCGCCUAUAUUUAACAAUAUCUCUUUUACAUGGUUCGUACGUUAUCGCCUCCCACGUUUGGCAGCAUCGCAUCGCAAUACGUGCUUAUUUAAUUUUGAAUAUUAUGAAUGUUAACGCUGUCCGAGCACCAUGCAUCGAAGGAGCAAGUUAAUUCUUAAAUUGGCGCGAAACAAUUACGAAAACAAUGAAAAGUCGCCGCCAAUGCCACCACUUAAACUGGAUGAGGAUUUACGCCAUACACGAACUUCUGCAUGGAUUAAAGAGAGUCAAUUUGAUGAGUGUAAUGAUGAUGUAUGUAAGGAAAAUAUAGAUCCUGAAACGACUCUUGAGGUGACAAAAAAUACGCGCCCUACAAAGGAUGAUGAAGUUUUGAAGACGAUUUUUGACAAAUGCAAAAAAGCUGCGGCAUGUACUUCCACAAAUUGCUCUUGUUCAUAUGUAUCAGAUACCACUUCUAGUGAAUGCACUUCAAUAAUAAUACCUGUUCAACAACUUUCGAAACCUAAGAUAUCACAUGAAGAAAAAGGCAGUUUAGAAAAAAAGAUUGGCAUUCCGGACCCAAUGCCGCAGACCAGUGAAAGUGUUACAGGUGGUCCACAUAAUUCCUGUAAAGUGCAAAUAUUAUCAGUCAUCAGUAUUAAUCCAUUAAGCCAUAAUGACUUUAGCCAAAAUGCAGAAAGUUUUUAUAAUGAUGACAGAAGAGACAGAGAUUACCAAAUUAAUGCCUCAGAGACUACUUCAACAUCUAUUGUAUCAUAUGAUCCUAUUGAUAUCAACUCUGAUAUUAAACCUAAAACGGCAGAUAGUAACAAAGACACUGAUCAGCCAUUAUCAGAAACGGAAUUUGUAAAGAUAUCACAUGAAGAAAAAGGUAUUUUAGAAGAAAACUUUGAGAUUUUUGACCCAAAGCCAUCGAUCAGUGAAAGUUUUACGGGUGGUCCACAUAAUUCCUGUAAUGAGUUUAGCCAAAAUACAAUAGAGGCAGAAAGUUCUGAUAAUGAUGACAGCAGAGACAGAGAUUACCAAAUCAGUGACCCAGCCUCAGACACUACUUCUACAUCUAGUGUAUCAUCUGAUGCCAUCGAUAUCAAAACUGAAGUUCGUAAACCCAAAACCGCAUCUAGUAACAAAAACAUUGACCAGCCAUUAUCAGAAACGGUAUUUGUAAAGAAAAACCGCUUGCCACAUCGAAAAAUUAAUCGUUGCAACUAUUGCGAUAAUGACGUAUUAAUAAAAAAUUUUGUCCGUCAUUUAGAGAGACAUCAUUAUUCAGAAAAAGAUGUUAGAGAUAUGUUAGCGUUACCUACAAAAAGUAAACAAAGGCGCAUUGCUCUUCAUUUACUUAGAAACAAUACGAACUUUGAGUUAUUUGUAAAUGGAACCACUCGCCCUAACCGUACUGAUCCCAAGAGGUCAACAGGAAAAGCACAAUAUUAUCCAUGCGUAUAUUGUAAGGGGUUAUUUUUGAAAAGCUACUUAAAACGGCACGCAAAGUCAUGUAAAUCCCAGGAUAUUGCUACUGGUUCGAGUGAAAGGAGAAUAAACCACAUAUCUCAUUCGAUGACUAUUACUGCAUGUGCAAUGGACCCAACUAACGUUAUUUCCCGGUUAAAUGUGAAGGAGCAAGUCUUCAAUCUUAUGAAAGGAGAUGACAUCGCUUUCGAAGCGAAAAGAGACCUCCUUAUCGUGCAUUUUGGAAACUCUUACCUUAUGAAACACAAAAGAGAGAGGAUGGCGAUUUCAUGUAGUAACAGAAUGCGAGAACUUGCACGAUUAUUGAUUUCUUAUCGAAGAAUUCUUAAUAAGGGACCAGAAACUUCCUUUAAAGAUUUAUUACACCCCGAAAAUUUUGAUAACGUGGUUACGGCCGUCCGACAUAUUGUGGGGUAUGAUUUUGAAAAGAAAACAUUUAAGGCACCUAGUCUAGCGAUGCAUCUUGGAACUUCCCUCAAGAUGGUGUGUGAUGAACUCACUCAUUUGAUUUUAAAGCAAAGCAAGGGGUUUAAAUGUAAAUCUACCGAUGAUUCUCAAAGAUGGUUGCAGGAUAUAAAAAAUUUUAAAAAGUUAGUUAUUUCACGAUGGAAUACCGAAAUUUCCUCUUUAGCAAACAAAGAUUUGCUUGAAAAGAGAUGGCAAAAACCUUUAUUGUUACCGUUGGUCAGUGACGUCAAGAAGUUUAGAGAUGGGAUUAUGGAAAUAGCUAGAGAAUGCCAGAAUAAAUUUCACAUGAAAGAGGACAAUGAACAUACCUAUAAAUUACUUGUGCAGUGUACUCUGUCACUGCUUAUUGUUUUUAAUAGAAGACGCAUAGGAGAUGUACAAUAUUUAAAAAUUAAGGAUUAUACAAUUGGAAAAAAAAGCAACAUUAAAGAUUUUGAAAAUGCUCUAACGGAAAUGGAAAAGGCGUUAACGACUAAGUAUAAGAGAGUUGUCACUGGUGGCAAAGGUUCAAGGCCAGUUGUAAUUUUAAUCCCAGAACUAAUUCAAAAUUUUAUGGGCGUCCUGUUAGAACAUCGAGAAAAAUAUAUUCCAAAUGACAACGAGUAUGCUUUUGCGAUGCCUGGUAGCAAGAUAAAGUGGGGAAAGGGAGAUGUUGCAAUUAGGAAUUUAGCAACGAUGGUUAACCUGGAAGCUCCUGCAGCAAUAACGAGCAAUAAACUUAGAAAACAUAUAGCAACAAUAAUGCAGCUGCUGAAUUUAUCAAAAGAUGAAGCUAAACAAUUCUCUACUUUUAUGGGCCACACCCAAAAAACACACGAUGAAUUUUAUGAACUGCCUGUAGAUCUGUAUCAAACUGCAAAGGUAUCCAAACUGCUUCUUAUGAUGGAAAAGGGUCGUUUGCCAUUAGAAUAUAAAGGAAAAUCUUUAGCGGAAAUCAAUAUCGAUCCGGAUUUAGAAUACGCGGAGGAAGACAAUGUAGAAGAGAACCAAACUAAGAUAAACGAAGUCACACAAACUACUUCACUAAGAGGAUUCCAUGAAAACCACACACAGUGUGGAAGGAACAGAAAGAAGCACAACAUAUAAUAUGAACAAACCUGAAAAAGGAAAAGGAAAUGAAAAAAAGAUGCCACAGAUAGAGACACCCAACGAGGACGAUUUAGAAACUAUAACCAAAGAGAAUGAAAUCAGACGAGAGGAAAAACAAGGAGAAACAUUUUUAGACAUAGACGUCACCAGUAACGGUCCAGCGGGCAAAAAUCCCAAAAAGUUUACAAGAAAAAGCUGGUCAAAUCGAGAAUUGGAUUUACUUCAAAAAGAAUUUGCAUCUUAUAUUAAAAAAAAAAUUUAUCCUUCGGGAGAAUUAAUGCAACAAUUUCUCAAAAAGUACGAAAUCAAUCGUACAGUUUUAGUUGUGCGAUCUAAGUUACAACAUUUGA